GUCUGAAACGCCCGUUGGAAGAAGAACUAACACAAGACAAACAAAAGCAGCAACGUAAAGGAAAAUAAGACCACGAACACAAAAUACAAGUAAGUAUUACCUUUUGAAUGUCGCCUUAUGCUGUUUAAUAUCUCUUCUAACAGUUUCGUCUUAAAUAAAGAUCUGCGGAUUCGGGAAAACCGCACUAAACUGCCAUUGCUGUAAUGCUAACGCAGUAGGAAGUAACGUUAAAUAUCACACAUGCUGCUGUUGACCUACACAACAAGCAGACAAAUGAUUGCACAUUUAUUUAUUCAUGCAUUUAUAUUGUGUACGCACGUGUCCCGAAGCACUCAGUAUACUUUCUUUUGCAUGCAAAGGAAAAGGGAAAUCUGAUAUGGAGACACAGAUGAGGCAACGUGUGUUUACCGGGGUGGUCACACAGAUGCAGGAGCAUCAUGGGAUUGUGGAUCAGGAGGUUCAUUUCCCAAUGAGUGUUGUGGUGGGUCGAAUGCCACUGGUGGGUGAGAAAGUGUUGGUGAAAGCGGUUCAGGACCCCCUGAAACCCAUCAGCUGGACGGCACAGAACGUCCAGACCCUGAACGGACAGCCGUUCAAAUCCCCUCCUCCGCUGCUGCCGUCCAUGUCGACCAAUAUGAAGCCUGGCAUUUUAGGGACCAAACCUCAACCCCUGCUGAAAUCUCCCAAAAUACCACCACUGAUUCCUAGUAUGCAGCCAAACCCUGGUGGAAUGAUCCAGAUGUCCCAUCACCAGCAGAUGCCCUGGAACGGCCCGUUUGACGGUUGGGGUGGAGGACGGAAGAGACACCCUGAGAUCAUGGGAGGACGGAGAGGUGGACGCUGGGAGGACGGUGGCGGAGGGCCGUGGGGAUCAGAUGCCAUGCACCAAAAACGCAAAAGAUGGAGGGCGGAGGAAGUGCCCAAAAAAAGCAGCUCCGUAACCACACACAGAGCGCCGUUAUUCUCCUGUUUCUCCAGGGACACCCAGGCCUGUGGUUAUCUGGAGCUUCAGCGUCGGUACCCACACCUGCACCUGACCUCUAACCUCUUCCACCUCCAGCUGUCCUGGACCGAGAGCUUCCCGCUCAACCAGCCCCUUCCUCUGAGAGGACCGUGUCACUUUCACAUAGGAUCAAACCAGACGGAACCCAAAGCAGAAGCUUGCGAGUCCACAGAUGUCACUUUCGCUGUUAAGGUUCUGCUGUUUUCUAUGCCGUGCCUUGAGGACUUGUAUUCACAGUGUUGUAACCUCUCAAAGGACGGUCAGAUGCAGAAGGAGGCUGUACAUCCCACUACACUUCUCAAAUUCAUGUUGGUGGACAGUGGAGGUGAACUGCGGCUCCCAGGAGGCCUCUGGUCACCCGAAGCUGACGGAGCGAACCCAGUAAAGGACAGUUUGACGCUGGUCAACACUGCGGUCCGCUGCAUAAAGGAGCAAACCUCUGUAGAUCUCUCAGCCUGCACGCAGUGGUACAAGAUGGCGGAGCUGAGAUAUCUUUCAGGAGAUAAAAUGGAGACCGUUGUGGUGUUGUUGCCAGAUGUGUGGAAUCUAGAGCCAGCAGAACAAGACUGGGCAAAACUGCAACAAAAACAGCUGGAUGAUGUGUUGCUCUCCGAAGGUCCGUCUGUGGUUUUUCACCCCUCCGAUGGACUGAAUCUGUCUGUCGUGUCUCUGUCGUCAAUGCUGGAGCCUCAGAGCCUUCAGACACGAGAGAGCUGUGAGGUCAGCUUAAUGGCGGAGAUGUUCAGCGAGAUGCUCCAGAGGGACUUUGGGCUUCAGCUGUAUCAGUGUCUCUGCCGUCUGCCUCAGGAUCCCAGUGUGCCUCAGGAUCCCAGUGUCCCGCUGACCGGUGUCAAAGACGACAACAGCACUCCCAUGGAGGAUGAGCCCAAAACAUCAGACAAACAGCCGGCUAAAAAGAAAGGAUUGAUCGAUGCGAAGAAGAAAAAACUCAAAGAGAAGGAUGAGGUGCUAGACGCAGAUGAUGUCAUUCUGAUGGAUGACACUGAACCAGCUGAAAAACAAUGUGAGCCUGUAAAAGAGAGCAAAACAGGAGGAGACGGGCAGAGCAGCAGCGCCUCAGACAAUCAGACGUCCAAAGACGGAGACUGUCCUCAGGGCUGGACCGCUGAAAUUCCUCGUAAGGUGCUUCUGUCCUGGGUGUUCUUUGACCGGCAGCUGACGGGAAGUCUUCGAGAAGCAGAUCUGCUCAACAUCCUGCUGUCUCUCGGCCUGUUCCUCAGCCCUGCUCAGGCGCAGGAUCUGGUCAGAAAGGUUGCGGUCGGUGGGCUUUGUCUCUACAGGAAUCUGUGCGGUCGCUGGUCAGACAGUGAUCAGACAGACGACAGCAUCAGCGCUGAGGGGAAUAAAGCGAUGUUGCCGGGACAGCCAUGCAAAGAGCGAGGGUCGGCCCGUCGCUCAAACGCCACAGAUGUGCUGAACUACAGAGGGAACGUCAUUAACCUGCCAAACCUGCUGCAGUCGCUGGAGAGCAGCAAAACAGCCCAGCGCGAACUGGAGAAGUGCGUCGCCACGCUGCAAUCCAGACUCGAAGCAGCAGAAGCGAGACAGGCCUCUAAUGAACAGGAGCAGAGCCAACAGAAAGAGCUCAAGAAGAAACUGGAGAAAGCCGAGACGCUCAACAAAACGUACGAGAAGAGUUUGAGAGAAAACAGCGGUCAGAUGAUCUCUGUCAUUGAGAAGAUGCAGAGGAUGGUCGAACAGACGACGGCCCUUACAACUGCGAAUGCAGGAAAGGAUGAGAAGGUGUAGAGCCCCAUCGGAUGCCGAUGCAAUAGGGGUUAGGCCGAGGAGAAGAAAAUAAAAUUUAGUCUCUGUUUC